UUUUUAAUUCUACAGCCACCAUGGCUUCAUCGCAGGGCAAGAUGGAGCUGAAAUCCGCAGACUGGAUGGCAAGUUUGCCCGGAAGCAUCCAUAACGUGCCCCUGUCGAACCUGGCCAUCCCAGGGUCUCAUGACUCAUUUAGCUUCUACAUUGAUGAAGCCUCCCCGGUUGGACCUGAGCAGCCUGAAACUGUCCAGAACUUUGUCUCUGUGUUUGGAACUGUGGCUAAAAAACUGAUGAGAAAAUGGCUGGCCACACAGACAAUGAAUUUUACAAGCCAGCUGGGAGCAGGUAUACGCUAUUUUGAUCUCAGAAUCUCCACGAAGCCCAGAGACCCUGACAAUGAACUCUACUUUGCUCAUGGUUUAUUCAGUGCCAAGGUCAAUGAGGGCCUUGAGGAGAUCAGUGCCUUUCUUACUGAACAUCAAAAGGAAGUGGUCUUCUUGGACUUCAAUCACUUCUAUGGGAUGCAGAAAUGCCACCAUGAAAAACUAGUCCAAAUGCUCAAAGACACUUUUGGAAGUAAAAUGUGCCCUGCUAACUUUGCUCAUGAAGUCUGUCUCCAGUACCUGUGGGAGAAGGAUUAUCAAGUGUUGGUAUUUUACCACAGUCCCGUAGCUUUGGAAGUCCCGUUCCUGUGGCCAGGACAGAUGAUGCCAGCACCAUGGGCCAACACGACAGACCCAGAGAAACUGAUCCAGUUUCUCCAGGCGUCGAUCACUGAGAGAAGAAAGAAGGGCUCCUUUUUUAUAUCUCAGGUGGUGCUGACUCCAAAGGCUAGCACUGUGGUCAAGGGAGUCACGAGCGGUCUCAGAGAAACAAUCACGGAAAGAGCUCUGCCUGCCAUGAUGCAAUGGGUCCGGACACAGACGCCAGGCGAAAGCGGUAUCAACAUUAUCACUGCAGACUUUGUAGAACUUGGCGACUUUAUCAGCACAGUCAUAAAACUGAACUACAACUUGGAUGAAGGUGAAGCCGAUACGACCUGAUAGUACCAUAACAUGUCCAAAAUGCUUUUAAGUGGAACUUUUUUUCCAGUUGUGUUAGGUUGUAAUCUUGUGACGCAGAUUUCGCGAGCACAUACCUGAAAUUUUUCCCCCCGAAGUGUUGACAUGGGAAGAUCAGGCAAAAAGAGAAAAUGUUUUUUCGCUCAUUCUAAUCAUUUCUUGACACUGAUUAGCUCAUACUUAGUGAAACCCAACUGUGUUUCAUUCAUGCAGUUAUCUUACUAGAGAAAGCCAUUGAUGAAUAUUCUGCCAACAACCAAAUGUGCUUUUGAGGCCAUAUUGAUGAUCAUUCACUAUGCUUAAUUCAUAUCUGGUGGUUUUUAUUGCUCUCUGUACAUUAGAGUCCCAUUGUCAUUCAUAAUUUUGCUUCUGAACAAGACCUGUAUAUUAUCUUGCCAUGGUGCUCCAUCAACCUGUGUGCUCCCAUGUAUUAACGUUGCACUAUUUAUAGCAUCAGGUUAGUGGACACAAAAUGGGGAGGGCCAUCGGGUUUGUUGGUCAUGUGGGGUGGGGGGAAGCAUUUCUAAAAUGAUGCCAGCAACAUUAAAGACAAGCCAAAAAUUAAGCAGCAGUUGUGGUUGAGGCUAUAGUGCAGUCUUCACUCUUUUUCACGCAGCAGGCACUUGGGCAAAACACCUUCAAUGGGUGAGCCAUUUCCCACUGUGCUGGACCCCACACAAUACUGUGCUUUUUUCUGUCCUGGGAAGGCCUUUUACGAGAAAUGGAGCCCUCUCUUAAGAAGAGGAAAGGACUGGGAAGGGCUAUACUUCCCAGCAUUCUGUGCGCUCCUUCUGAGAUAGAAUAGGAGCUCAAGAGGGCUUUGUUCUCUUUAAAGGAGUCCCACCAGCACUGGGCAAAGUGCAGCACUGCACAGUGAGAAUGGUCGUCUCCACACUGUGUCUUUGCACAGGCCCAAUAAAGAGUUAGCCGGGGAGCCCCACUUAGGGUUGCUGGGGGCUAUCACUGGCCCCAGGGCCUUAAAAUCUGCUCUAGUGAGCAGAUUUUCUGGGCUACUUUGAUCACUUUGAUUAUGCGGUUUGGGUUGGGUUUUUUGUUAGUCUAACUCUGCCCCCUUGCAAGCGGCAGGUCUGCCUCUGACCUUCAUGGGGAAUAGAGUUGCAUUAUAGGUUCUUAAAGCCAGAGAGGAUUGCAUUUGAAUGCUUGCAACCAUAGCUUCUUGAGAAGUUAAUACAGGUUAAGUAUCCCUUAUUCGGUCUGCUUGGGACCAGAAGUGUUCUGGAUUUUGGAUUUUUUUGAAUUUUGGAAUAUUUGCAUAAUGAGAUAUCUUGGGCAUGGGAUCCAGAGCGCCAAAACAGAUGCCGACAGAGCAGGUGCCAAACUGAGCAGGGAGUGGAGGAGGGGGGCUUUCCCUUUUCCCUCUAGCACCAAAGCGAGAACAUCAAAAACAUUAAAAAGCUUCACAAUAAAAACAGAGCCGCAACUAGAGAGAAUUACAGACAAAACCCCUGUCGCUAACAGCCUUCUGAAAUCAGUAAGUUUUGACUGCAUGUUUAAAAGCCGCAAAAUUGGGAAUUGGCAAGCAGGUGAACUGAGGCUUUUUGUUUUUCAUUUUUGUUACGGCGUGGUGUCUGGAUUUUGGAGCAUUCUGGAUUUUGGAUGUCUGGAUAAGGAAUACUCAACCUGUAUAUGUAUUUUCUUUGACUUUAUUUGACAGGUUACAUCUUUAUUUGUAAGGUGUGCUAAUCACCUUUCUGCCUAAAAAGUGCCCAAAGCGAUCUACAAUUAAUCACAAAUUAAAAAUCAAGAGCUAAAAAAUGAAACAAUAAUAAACACUUUUAAAAAACAAACACACACACAGAGCAAGAGCAAACACCAUUACAAUUCUUAAUAAUAAUGUUACUAUUUAUUAAUAAAUGUACUUAGUAAGACUGCCAGGAUUUAAAUAUACAGGUUUUUGUUAUCCCCUAAGGAAUAAAUCUUUACAUCCCAAUACUGAUGUUUGGUAAAACAUCAAAGUAGCAUAUAUUUCUAUUUAACACAGCUCUGUAAGCACAGAUUCUUCCCUCAGCCUUGGCCACUGGUUGAAAUCAGAAAAAUGUGCCUAUUUUUCCAGUGUUUUUCCAGUGGGGAAAAACACCCAUCUUUUAUUUAGAAUGUAUUUGGGUAAGUGUGCAAUAUAGCUUAAUAUUAAGCUAUAAUAAUCUUCCAUUGUCUGAGUGAAAUUAAUGCAUGCUAUUCAGAACACCGUCUAUAGUUCAUUACAAUGGAAUACUCUCCUGCUCAUUUUUCUCCUGAUGAAACAUCCAGCAUCCUAACAGAAUUGGUGAGAUACUGUGAGUAAAUACAUUUUCCCCUCUGUAACUGGAUCUCCUAGAAUGUAGGGGUGCUGACAGAGAAUAUGGGACUAUAGAAUAUUCAGCUGGAAUGACCUUAAGACCUCACAAACAGAUGUAAAGUAGAGGCCUGAUAAAUGAAUGAAAUUUCUGGGUUUCGCCCUCUGAGAAACCUGGUAAACAGUGUAAUUGAAUUGAUCUACAGUCUGUUAUCUUAUCAGGGCUCUUCUCUAGCCUUGGACACCAAAGCUAAAAAUCACAUAUUUCAUAGCAAGAUAUUUUCAUAUCGCUCCUCCAUUUGUUCAUUCCUUGUCCUGUGUUGGCUCUUGUGACUGGAACCAUUCCAUGAUUGAAUGUAUCUAUUUGAAGAAGACCCCAAUUAUCAACACAGCAUGGGCAUCACAACCACUCCAUUAACAAUCACACCUGUUGGCAGUGCAGAUAACACCAGGUGGUUGCACAAACAACUAGCAACUGUCUCAUAGGAAGAAAGGAAGCUGCCAUAUACUGAGUCAAGCCAUAGGUCCAUCUAGCUCAGUAUUGUCUACACAGACUGGCAGCGGCUUCUCUAAUGUUGCGGGCCAGAAUCUCUCUCAGCCCUAUCUUGGAGAAGCCAGAGAGGGAACUUGGAACCUAGAUGCUCUUCCUAGAGCGGCUCCAUCCCCUGAGGGGAAUAUGUUACAGUGCUCACACAUCAAGUCUCCCAUUCAUAUGCAACCAUGGUGGGCCCUGCUUAGCUAAGGGGACAGGUCAUGCUUGCUACCACAAGACCAGCUCUCCUUCCCUAAAGGACUCAUUACAGGGCAGGUUAGUUGUGACUCUAGCAUUCAUACUGGGGAUGGUGCUAUGGCUCAGUGGUAGAGCAUCUGCUUUGCAUGCAGAAGGUCCUGGGUUCAGUCCUUGGCAUCUCCAGGGAGGGCUGUGAAAAUAUCCUGAAACCUUGGAGAAGCUAAUGCUAGGCAAUGCUGAGCAAGAUGGAACAAAGGUCUGACUCAAUGUAAGGCAGCUACCUAUAUUCCCAUAGUUUUGUCUGAAGGCAUGUGAGACAGUAACCUUGCUAAAGUUAAGCAGGUUGUAGCCUGGUCAGUGUCUGGAUAGGAGACCAGAGUUCCAUGGUGGGAUAUAAAUAUAGUUGCUUUUCAAGUUGCUUUUGAAGAGCAUGAGAAUUCUUCUAGGAUGUAAGCCCACAUAUCAGAUCCGUGAAAACAAAAAAUGAAAAACUGAUCCAUAUACCUACAAUAUUUUGGAGAGACAAUAAGCUCAUAAAUACUGACAUAAUAUUUUUGUGGCCCUUCAGACAUGCAGUUUCUUCUAAGAAUGCCAUAUUUUACACAGUAUAUGUGAAAUCUGUCCUUCCAGUAAGGGUGCUCACUGAGGCAGAUUUUUGCUUAUUUAUUAAGAUUAGGGCUGUGCUCCAGAAAAAGGAUUCUGUUCGGAAGCUGCCUUAGAGAUUGUACUUCAGAUUAAAGUGGUCCUCUGAACUGG